UCGCGUCCUAAUUCAAACGAGCAGUUACUAGCGCAAGUGAUCUUUCCCACCCUCUCUUUCUCACUCUCACUCUCUGGCAAUGGAAAAUGGAGAUGACUGGCUAGCCCUUGACAAGCUCUACCAUAUCCUCUUCUGCUUCUUCAUCUCCUUCUCCUUCUCUUCUCUCUGUAAUCUGAGCCGAUACUCUUUCGUCCGCAGAUGGAGCAUCUCCCUCGGAUCUCUCGCCUCUCUCGCUGCCGGCGCCGCGAAAGAAGCUGCCGACGAGGUCGGGCUCUGGAAAUCAUCUGGCGCUUCUUUCAAAGACGCUGUGGCCGAUCUCAUCGGGAUCGGAAUCGCUUGGCUCUGUCUUUCCGUCUGGAGGCAAAUCCAUCCGCGGAAAGUUAUUGAUGAAACGGGUCGGAUUCGAGGGGAUUCGAUGGUUUAAAGCAAUUUUCAAGGGCGAGUUUUCGAUGCCCGUUGGACGGCUAGGAUGGAUCAGGUGCUUCCAAUGGAGAUGAUGCUGGGUUGAUUUUUCAUAGCGAGAUUGAAUCAUAGCUGAAGGUGACAAAUCAUCCAAUAGAAGAACCUUCACAGAGCGGUGAAACAUUUGCCAAGUCCAUGCCAAAGGAAACUCUCUUUCACGGUCCAUAUCAUAGGAGGCUCCAAAUGGUGGACCGUCAACAUUGAAGGUGGGGCUCACACAGUGGACUGUCCAAACGGAGACAACAAUUCUACAGUGUUUCGUCUUCCUACCAUAUUCCUUGGUUAAUUAACAACUUACUUCUCAUAUUUACUUUCCGCCUUCGGAUCCACAGAUUACUAGAAUUUGAUUGGAGAUAUUUCCCUAUUUAAUAUGUUUGUUCUUUUCCUCAAUGAAUCGGUGCAUCUUGAGUCCUUACUCAUGCCUUGGUGGUAGACUCACAAGCGUUUCAACACGAAGUCAUGGGUUCGAGUACCCAUUGUGGUGAAAUUCCACCAUGGUGUGAGUGCAUGGGUGUGUGUAGGAUGUGAGUGUGUGCAUUUGAAAAAAA